UUGCUUAAAGAAACUAGAAAUCCAUGGAACCGUCUCGUCAUACUCAUGUGAUGCUGGUAUCUUUCCCAGGCCAAGGUCACGUAAACCCUCUUCUUCGUCUUGGAAAGCUCAUAGCCUCUAAAGGCUUACUCGUCACCUUUGUCACCACAGAGCAGCCAUGGGGCAAGAAGAUGCGUCAAGCCAACAAGAUUCAAGACGGUGUGCUCAAACCUGUUGGUCUAGGUUUCCUCCGGUUCGAGUUCUUCUCUGACGGUUUAGCCGACGACGAUGAAAAAAGAUUUGACUUCAAUACCUUCCGACCACACCUUGAAGCUGUAGGAAAACAAGAGAUCAAGAAUCUCGUUAAGCGAUAUAACAAGGAACCGGUGACGUGUCUUAUAAACAAUGCUUUUGUCCCAUGGGUAUGUGAUGUGGCCGAGGAGCUUCACAUCCCUUCGGCUGUUCUAUGGGUCCAGUCUUGCGCUUGUCUCACCGCUUAUUACUAUUACCACCACCGGUUAGUUAAGUUUCCGACCGAAACCGAGCCGGACAUUAACGUUGAAAUCCCUUGCUUGCCAUUGUUAAAGCAUGACGAGAUCCCAAGCUUUCUUCACCCUUCGUCUCCCUUUACAGCUUUUGGAGAAGUCAUUUUAGACCAGUUCAAGCGACUCGAAAGCGACAAGCCUUUUUAUAUUUUCAUCGACACUUUUCGCGAACUAGAAAAAGACAUCAUCGACCACAUGUCACAGCUUUCUCCUCAAGCCAUCAUCAGUCCUGUCGGUCCGCUUUUCAAGAUGGCUCAAACCAUGAGCUCUGACGUUAAGGGAGAUAUCUCUGAGCCAGCGAGUGACUGCAUGGAGUGGCUUGACUCAAGAGAACCAUCCUCAGUCGUUUACAUCUCCUUUGGGACUAUAGCCAACGUGAAGCAAGAGCAGAUGGAGGAGAUCGCUCAUGGCGUUUUGAGCUCUGGCUUGUCAUUCUUAUGGGUGGUUCGGCCUCCCAUGGAAGGGUCACUUGUAGAACCACAUGUUUUGCCUCGAGAGCUCGAAGAUAAGGGUAAAAUCGUGGAAUGGUGUCCCCAAGAGAGGGUCUUGGCUCAUCCUGCAAUUGCUUGUUUCUUAAGUCACUGCGGAUGGAACUCGACAAUGGAAGCUUUAACUUCCGGAGUCCCUGUUGUUUGUUUUCCGCAAUGGGGAGAUCAAGUGACGGAUGCGGUUUACUUGGUUGAUGUUUUCAAGACAGGAGUGAGACUAGGCCGCGGAGCGGCUGAGGAGAAGAUUGUUUCGAGGGAGGUUGUGACGGAGAAGCUGCUUGAGGCCACCGUUGGGGAAAUAGCGGCGGAGCUGAGAGAAAACGCUCGGAGGUGGAAGGCGGAGGCGGAGACCGCCGUGGCGGACGGUGGAUCAUCUGAUAGGAACUUUAAAGAGUUUGUGGACAAGUUGGUUACGAAACAUGUGACGAGAGAAGACAACGGAGAACGCUAGUGAUAAUGAUGUCUCGUAAAUAUUUGUUGUACCACCACAACCUUCUCUAUAGAUAGUAUCGAUCCGUCUUUUUUCUUAGUGAAUAAAUCGCAUCAAUCUCA